AAACCUUUCCCCAACUCCUCUCUCUAAUAUAUACACCUCAAGAACAAAGCCCCCAUUUUGUUCUUUCUUUACCCUUUUGAAUACAAAAAAAGAAAAAACCUCAUAGAGAUUCAAAUGGGAAAAACAAACAGCAUCAUCAGAAGAUCAAUCUUCUGUUUCUUGCAGAAAUAUCAGUACUUUACUUCUGCCUCAGCAUUGUAUGCAUUCCCUUUCUCUGUUUCUCUUCUUCUUUCUCAAACUUUUGUUUUUACUUCUUCGAUUUCUCUUCUUGAUAACAUAUAUUAUCAUUUGAAGAUUGUUUUUGAUGCUGCUGUUUUCCCUUCUUCAUUGGAAUUCUUCAUUCAAAAGCUUUCACAAACAAUCUUUUCUUCCAUUUUCACCAUUCCUUUCACUCUCACUUUCCUUCUUGUUGCUAAAGCUUCUGUGAUUCAAGCUUUAAAAGAGACCAAAUCAACAUCCCAACCUUCAUUUUCUUCCAUCAAAUCCCUUUACUGUCCACUUUUUUUAACCAACAUUUGUAACUCAAUCUUCAUACUCUCAGCAAAUGCAACAGUUUUUUCCAUUCUGUUCUUUGCUUUUACUUGUCUUCAAGAAUUUGGCUUUUCUUCUUCUACCAACUUUCUUUACCUCUCAGCAGCAGGAGCUGUUCUGUAUUCAAUAGUUUUGGCAAACACUUUGGUUAUCAGCAAUUUAUCAUUAGUUUUAUCAGGUAUGGAAAAGCUUGGAGGUUAUUUAGCAAUACUCAAAGCUUGUGUUGUAAUUAGAGGGAAAACUUCCACAGCGUUACUUUUGGCUUUGCCAACAAAUUUAGCCAUGGCUGCAAUUGAAGCUUUGUUUCAAUACCGUGUAGUGAGAGCUUAUAAUGGUGUUGGAAUCCUUAGUCUUUCCAUGUUGUUUGAAGGGGUUAUCAUUGCUUAUCUGUACUCGAUUUUCAUCGUACUCGACACUACGGUUUGUUGUAUGUUCUUCAUGAACUGCAAGAAGGUUUUUUGGGUGGAUCUGGAAGGAAGACAAGCUCUUCAAAUAGAAUCUGCUGAAGAACACAAUGGUGAUUACAUGAAUUCAAAAGUUGAACAAAAUUUGCAUUCAACAAGUUGAGGAUAAUCCAUCCAACAGAAAAGAAGUACAUAGAAUUCAGUUACAGAAUAAGAACACAUGGAAAUCAUUCAACAAGAAACCACCUUUUUCUCCUCUCUUUUCUUCAGAUACAGACUAGAAUCCAGAAAAGUAACAGAGAUUCAGGAACAGAAACCAUGUGAAAAUUUGUAACUGUUCCUCGAGUCUCUCUGUUCUUGCCAUUUGUGUUUCUCUUUAUUUAUUUUAGCUUGGUGUUCGUAUUGUAGAUAGCCGACAGUUACAUUGUGAUAGAAUCAAUAUACAGACUGAAGCUUGAUUGAAAAUAAAAAUCAAUAAGCUGCUUGAAUUGUUAUAGUUUAGAUGGCUUGGAAAGCUUGGUUCAAAUCUUGAAAUAAAUGUGUUGAACAUCUAUGAUUCUUGGUUCUCAUACAAAUGUUUGCGAUUUUCCACUUGAGAUUUGAGCACUACGUUGGAAAAAACAAGCAAUAAUUGAGGAACCCAGAUGGGAGAUGCAAUCGAAAUGAACUGGUCCAGACAUUGGCUUGACACAAUCGUUGACUGUUAUAUCAGAAGCAAUGGGAACGAAGGUAAUGGCGUCAAAGAUUUGAGCUUUGGAAAUAAAUGAAUGGCUAGAAUUCAAAAUUGACCUCAAGAGACAAUUUUGAAAUUUCUCUAUCCUUUCAAUCAAAUGCCCCUCAGACAUUGCCGACGUUACGAAAAUUUAAUGGUACUAAUGGUGGAUUGAGAAUGUUUUUUUUUAUAUAUAUAUAUAUGUGAAAUAAAAAAAUAUUAAAAAAAAGUUAGAACUUUAGGUAGAGGGAGGGAAGAAUUGAGAGAACAAACAUGUGGUUUUUAUUUUUAUUUUUCUGUAUAAAUAGUAAAUUUAUGUGAAAGAUU